CACGCUCAUUGGGUCCUUCAAGGCACCGCUCUCCACCGCCGCCGUCCGCUGUCGUGUGCGGGUCCCACCUCCUCUGAGUCUUAUUACCUUACACCCGUCUUCGUAUUCAGCUCGCAUACCUUCGUCGUCGCUUUUUUCUUGCAAUGCACUACUUUUCACAGCUUUUCCAAUACGAUCAUCCAUGGGCGCAUGUAGUGAUUGGGAUGUGGCAUAAAUACCCCAAUCCUCACUGUUCUCAUGUCGUCACGAUCGAUACCCUGGACCGUUCCGUCGAUCCAGAGACCGGCGUGAUCAGGACAGAGCGGAUACUGGGCUGCAAGCAGAAGACACCAAUUUGGGUGGUCAAGCUGUUUGGUGGCUCGGAGGACGCGUUUGUACGAGAGGUCUCAUUCAUCGACCCACGAACACAACAGGCAACCAUCACAUCCGUCAACCUCUCGCUAUCUCAAUUUGCGACAUGCUACGAAAACAUCCGCUACUCGCCAACACAUGACCAUCGCACGGCUUUCCAUCAAACCGCAGAGAUCCAGUCACGGAUGACCCUCUGGCGGGGCGCGGCGGAUAAGCUGGAGAGCUGGCUGGUACAGCGAUUUGAGCAGAACGCGCAGUUGGGCAAGAUUGGUUUCACAGACGUCCUACGGAGUCUAUGGGAGGCGAAGGAGGGACACGCAACGUGCUGAUGCGUCGGUGUAGCCUGAGGGCUACGUAGGCGCAAAAGAGGCUAGA